GUCGCCGCAUUCAGUUGCGUUUUAUCGUUCGUCGGUUACGGUUGUUCGUUGUGUUUAACGGUUGUUUUCGGAAAUUUUUUUGUCAUGUUGUGUUGGACGUGGCGCUGCAUUGUUAACGGUUAACACGGUAUAAACUAAAAAAAUGAAAUACAUUCGAAAACGUCAAUUUUCAAAAACAACAAAAACACAGUUUUGUCGCUUCUAAUAAAAGUGGAAGAAUUAAACGCAGAGAAAAUCAAGAAUCUACAGGCCGAAAAACGAAGAUUUCCAGCAAUUAAAUGAAGGAUCGAUAAAUAUAAUAGAAUAUAAGAAAAAUAAUUUACAAACACUCGGAUUAGAAAUGUUGCACGAAUAUAUUUACGGCGCAUAACUAGAUAAUUUAUAUGGCGGCAUAAAUCCACAGACGCCAGCCUGUAGUCAUUCAAAACGCAACUAUUAUUUUACGGAAGAUGAAAAUUCUAGCCAGCGAAAUUAGAUUUGGCAAACUAAAAUAGAAUAAAAAACAAACUGAAAGAAAAGGGAAGCCUUAAGGGAGAUUGAUUUCUCAAAUUCCAUGGGCUGUCAUAGCGGUAUGUGGCAGAGAAAACAAAGGCUAGGUAGGCAUUAAGUACCAGCCAUAGCGGCUGAAUCAACAGCAAAAGGCAGAAUAGGCCACAAUAAAGAUGGCCACAUAUGAAAAUUUAAUGCCCACGCCAGAGAACAGCAUAGAAUUAAGGAAAAAUAAAAUACUAUGAAACAAAAUGAAUGCAUUAUAACGGGAAAGCGCACAAAGGAUAUAUAUAAUGCAUGAAUGGAAUGGGGGAGUAGAAAAUUAUUAAGAAAAUGGAGUAUACUUCUAUUAUUGCACUGGUAGUAAUAAGAAAAAAGGUAUGAUAAUAAAUUUCCCAGUAAAAUGCAUGCCAAAGUAUAAAUAAUGAAGCGCAAAAGAAACAAACUCUGCAGAAAUAUAUUACAUUUUGAAUGAACGUAAGCGAAUAAUAUAUUACAAAGUACUUACAAAUAAAUCAAAAUAUCGAAAUGCUGAAACUGCUGCAGCGGAAGAUUGCUCGGCAAGCAAACAACACUGCCGCAUAAUUGCCCACCAUGUCCCAAACGCACUCUCUUCAAUAAAAAAAUUAAAUAAAAAACGAAGUUUCAUAACAAGUAAGAGGUUUCAUAGCUGCAUCAUCUCUCUGCCAUCCUUGGCUCAGCUCAGAACGUAAUUUUAGCAAUUUUGGAUAGUCAAAACUAAAGCCAAUCGUCGUUGCACGUAAUGAAGACAUUCCCCUGCACGUCUGCGACGCAUUUACUAUCGUUAUCGUUAUCGCGAUCAUUAUUUACAAUUAUCCUUUUACUAUUAAUUGCAAAUUUUGAUUUAAACAUUUUGUUGUUGCCAACAAGCAGCAAUAAAAGCAGUAUCGGCAAAGCCUCAGCGGAAGUAUUCACUUUGGGUUACUUAACAGGCUCGCAGCGAAGUCCGGGAAACUUGGACUAUCAGCGACCAGGCAUCACCAUCUCAGGUGCCAUUACACUCGCCGUGUCACAAGUCAAUGCUGGCAAACUUAAGGAACUCGGCCAUUCACUGGAGUUCAUUGUGGCGGAAACAUACGGCGAUGAAGUCUCGAGCAUACGCCAAACAGCUUCAUUGUGGACGAAACAAGUAGCCGGCUACAUCGGGCCACAAGAGACGUGUGUGCACGAGGGUCGCAUGGCGGCCGCCUUCAAUUUGCCAAUGAUUUCAUACUAUUGUAUGCACCGUGACACGUCCAAUAAGCAAGACUUUCCCACUUUUGCGCGUACUCGUCCACCUGAUACACAGAUAUCUAAAUCGGUGGUUUCUCUGCUAUUAGCCUUUAAUUGGACGCAGGUAUCAUUUUUGUUUCUGGACAGUCCACAUAGUCCCUAUCACCCGGUUGCGGAGACAAUACAAAACAUUUUGCAUAAUGCAGGAGUGAAUAUACGUGACGUACAAACCUGGAACACCAUUUACCACCAUGGCUUCAUGGCGAACCCUUUCGAUGACUUGGUGGAGCGCACCUACAAAAACACUCGCAUUUAUCUCAUUCUUGGCCAUUACUAUGAGCACGUCGGCCUGAUGGUCAGUCUGGAGCGCAAAGGUCUAUUGGCCAACGGUGAAUACUUUGUCGUCGGCAUCGACAUUGAACAAUAUGACCCAGCAAAUCCGGAUAAGUAUUUGCGCGGUUUGCUGUUGGAGAAAAUCGAUUUAAGCGCAGAAGUGGCUUUCCAAUCGUAUGUGGGCAUCUUCCCAACAGCGCCGGCCUCUUUUGCCAAGUUUGCCAAGGAGGUGAAUAAAUACAUGGAACUGCCACCGUUCAAUUUCCCCAACCCUCUAGGCUAUUUUGGGGGAGCAAAGCAGAUCAGCGCCGAAGCUGCGUAUCUCUACGAUGCUGUUCAUUUGUAUGCAAAUGCGCUAAUAAAAGUUUUGAAGUCUGGUGGCAAACCAAAAAAUGGCACCGCUCUUAUUUCAGCCAUAAAAGGGUCCAAAUACUUGAGCGCCAUGGGCUACCACGUCUAUAUCGAUGAGAAUGGCGACGCAGCCGGCAAUUAUACAGUAUUAGCGCGGGGCUAUGCGCGGAAUAGUAGAAAUCUGACACUUCCUGGCCUAGUGCCGGUGGGGACAUUUAGUCAAACACAAAGUGAUAAAUUACCUGAUCUCAAUUUAUAUGGCAAAAUCCAUUGGGUGAGCGGGCAUGGGCGUCCAGCAGCGGAGCCGAAGUGCGGUUUUGCGGGCGAGAAGUGCAUUAGUUAUACGGGCGAGAUAUCCGCGGGUAUCGCUGGUGGGGCGUUGCUGCUGCUCGGGAUUAUCUCUUUGGUUUUGUACCGUAAUUGGCGCUACGAACAGGAGCUGGAUAGUUUAUUGUGGAAAAUUGAUUUUCGAGAAGUGCAAAUGCAUGAAAGCGAAAAGGAAACGUCUAGUCAAAAGCAAACAAGGGCCACACAUCCUCUCAUACGCACCAGUCAGGUGAGCCUGAGUUCAAAUCCCGAUGCUGAUUUUCGUUAUACGACAAUUUUCACACCCAUUGGACUCUACAAAGGUCAGCUGUACGCCAUUAAAAAAGUACGAAAAAAAUCGGUUGAUAUAACGCGCGAAAUGAAGAAGGAAUUGAAGUUGCUCCGCGAUACACGCCACGACAAUAUAUGCGCUUUCAUUGGUGCCUGCACAGAUCCACCGAACAUUUGUAUCAUCACAGAGUAUUGCACAAGAGGCAGUUUGAAGGAUAUAUUGGAAAAUGAGGACGUCAAGCUGGACAACAUGUUUAUCGCAUCAAUGGUCGCUGACAUCAUACGUGGUGUCAUCUACUUACAUGAAUCGCCCAUUCGUUUUCAUGGUUCGUUGUGCACCUCCAACUGCCUCAUCGAUUCACGCUGGGUUGUUAAGCUGACCGAUUUCGGGCUCUUCGCCUUCAAAAAGGGAAUGGAGGACAACUCAACGGAAGUCGCAAACAUGACGGCUAAGUGCACAAAGUUACUUUACCGUGCACCCGAGUUGCUGCGGCAGGGACCUGCGACCCUCGUGCCCGGUACACAAAAAGGUGACUCAUAUUCUUUCGGCAUUGUGCUGUAUGAAAUUCAUAUACGCCAUGGUCCUUUCGGGGAAACCGGACUCACGCCCAUGCAAUGCCUGCAAAAAGUACUCCAACCCCAAGAUCAUCUUUACCCAUAUCGUCCGUCGUUGCAACCUUUGGAAACCUCUUUCGAUUGUGUUCGUGAAAUUUUGCGUGAAUGUUGGUCUGAACGUCCAGAAGAACGACCCGACUUCAAGACGAUACGCGCUAAAUUACGUCCCCUCCGCAAGGGCAUGAAACCGAAUAUAUUUGACAAUAUGAUGGCUAUGAUGGAGAAAUAUGCGAAUAAUUUGGAGGCGCUGGUCGAUGAACGCACCGAUCAAUUGCAAGAGGAAAAGAAGAAGACUGAUGCGUUGUUGUUGGAAAUGUUGCCACGCCCCGUUGCGGAGCAAUUAAAGAAGGGGAAUAAAGUGGACCCGGAGAGUUAUGAGCAAGUGUCGAUAUAUUUCAGUGAUAUUGUGGGCUUUACAGCGAUGUCGGCGGAGAGCACGCCAUUGCAGGUGGUAGAUUUCUUGAACGAUUUGUAUACCUGCUUUGAUUCCAUAAUCGGACACUACGAUGUGUACAAGGUCGAAACGAUUGGGGAUGCAUACAUGGUGGUCUCUGGUCUACCGAUCCGCAAUGGCGAUUUGCACGCCGCCGAAAUCGCUUCGAUGUCCCUCCACCUGCUCAGUGCCGUGUCCGAAUUCAAAAUACGUCAUCGUCCCACCAACAAACUGCUACUGCGCAUAGGCAUACACACAGGCCCCGUAUGCGCCGGUGUGGUGGGUUUGAAAAUGCCACGCUACUGUCUAUUCGGUGAUACUGUGAACACUGCAUCCCGCAUGGAAUCGAGCGGUGUGCCACUGAAGAUACACUGUAGUCAACAGUGCCGCGAGUUGCUGGAAAAGUUGGGUGGAUAUCAUUAUCAGGAACGUGGCGUUAUCACUAUGAAAGGCAAAGGCGAUCAGCGCACCUAUUGGCUGUUGGGCGAAGACGAAGAGGCGCGCAAUAAACGAAACUAUGAACGCUCGCAGCGUCGUGGUUCGCGAGCGCUCAACAAAUUUAUACAGGGUACCAUUAAGCAGAAAGGUCAGCAGCAGACAACAUCAGCAUUGGUGGAUUAUGGAAUACGUUCAUCGCUGAAAAAUAAGGGCAUGCCGCGCAACUCACUUACGCGUUCUUCCAGCCUAGAAUCACCUAAGAAAUUACGCUUUGCUACUGGCAGUCUGCUCGAGCAUCAUCGCUACCACAGCGAUGAGGCGCUCUUGGAGGUCAUCACCGAUUCUUAUACGGGUGUGCGUCGUUCUUCCGGCGGUUCGACGCAUUCACGUUACGAGGAGUCAACACUCUCUGGUGGCAGCAACGAUGAACUUACCAGCUGGCAACGUCAGCGCAGACCAUCCUCCUAUCCGACAGCCAAUACGCCACUGCUGCUCAAUCAUGUGGAGACCUGACAGAGUGCGAAAGAAGAGUAAGGCAAGAGCAAAGGCAAUUGUGCCGAGGAAAGGAAGGAAUCAAAUACAGGAAUUUAGUAGACUAUUUAAAAAAUUAGUGUAUUCAAGCAAAAGUUAACAAAAAGUAGUUAAUUAUUUUCAUUUUAGUAUUUCUCAGCUGUAAGCAAUUUCAGGUUCGGAUAGCGAUGCAGGAAUGCAUUUUAGUAGUAUCAGUGUAUGUACUUAUUGUAUCUACUGUGAAGUGAAAGUAAGCUUAAAGCUGUGCGACAUAUACUUAUAAUUACAACAACUCAUGCAUUUGGAAAACUUAAAUUUUCGAUAACUACAAAUGAAUUUAAAUUACUCGUAAUUAAUUGUUAAGCAUUUUAAGUAAUAUUUAAAGAAGUAAGUUUAAAAAAAUUAAAUUAGUGUUACUCGUUGGUGAUUGCCAAGUUCUAGUCGUUCGUUAAGUGUAAAAUAUAAAUAAAGUUAAUAUAAAAGGAUUAAAAAACUGAAUAACAAGUAUGGAAGAGUUUAGGUGCGAGUAAAAUAGGUUUUUGAAAAUGCAACCUAAUUAAAAAAUAUUCUUUUGAAUAAAGCGUCACACGAAAUGAGCUGUAAGCCAUUGUAGGUAUUUAGAGUCCAUUUAAUUUAACUCACUAUUUUCCCAGCGGCCACCGUGUCCGAAUGAGUUGGUGUGUGACUACUAUUCGGAAGUGCGUAGGUUCGAGUCUCCGUGCAUGAAGCAAAAGUUUUUUCUAAUAGCGGUCACCCCUCGGCAGGUAAUGACAAACCCCCGAGUGUAUUUCCAUCAUGGAAAAGCUCAUCAUAAAGCAUAUUAGUUUGGGGAAAAACAAAUCCAUUAUUUUUGCGAAAAUGGUUUAAAAUUGUUUUAUGGUCGAGUUUUAGCUCCUGAGCGAUGCUACAAGUACUAACAUGUAUGUAUGUCGGUCAAUUUUUAUUAUUUCCGUAAUUUUGUCGACAUUUUCUUUAACAUCAAAAAUGCCUGAACGGAAUAGACGAAAUCAAACUUGCACGUAAUUAGUUGUUACAAUAUCGGCACCAUAACAAGACCAAAAACAAAAAAAAACAUAAACACCAUUCACAAUUUCAGCGGCCCAUAAACUUUAAAAUGUACCGAACUCUCUCUUUGUUGACUGCUAUUGUUAGUAUCCUGUAACUCACAAUUGAAUGGAACAAACAGAAAAGAGCAAACGAAUUUCUUUAGUGUGAAAUGUCAUCUUCACCACGAGUAUAAACUUUUAAUGGAUUGAUCGAUACUUUAUGAGAUAUCGAUCACAACACCCAUCUACCGAGAAAGUAGUGCUACAGAGAAAUCAUAUAGGCGAUAGGCGAACAUGCGAAUGCGCAAAAUUUAAAUGCUGAUUACUUUUAAAUAUCUAAAGUUUCCCUUUAAGCUGUAAGUUGCAGCCUCUUAAUAAAUACUAUUAGAGAACGCAUAAAUGAUAAGAUGGAACGAAAAAAAAAACAAAAACAAAUCUGCAAAAACUGAACGGGAAUAACAUUUCAAUAAAGGUUUAACAGAGGUGUACAGAAAAAAUGUAUGCUCUCAACAUUUAUUUGACAUUAGCAGAGGUUGAAAUGUUACGGUAGGUUCUGCUGCAGAAAUCAGAGCCAUUUUGUUUUUAAUUUGAAAAUUGUAUAAAAAUGUAAUAAAACAUAAACCACAGUUCAAGGACUUUCAAAAAUUCAGUUUAUUUUAAAAUCCCAUUUAAUUUUUUUAUUUUACUUUUUUUCACUACGUUGAAAAAAAUUCAUGCAUAUGUUAUUUGCUGCCGGAUUAAAUUAAAUUUCAAACGCUGGGUGAACCACCUUGUAAAAUUGCAUUCACUUUAUUUAAGCAGAUUAUGAGACGACUGCCUUUCUUAGGAAAUGAUUUGCUGGCUUAUUAACCGCAAUUUCGCUGUGCAACCACGCAAAUUACCUGCAAGUACCUAAGCAAACUGGUUAGUUCGUUCCCGCCCGACAGUCGGUUCUACAUUACCGGAAGGACCCGGAUUUACUAUAUACCUAUAUCCGGCGAAGGACUGUCACUUCAGUAGUACAUGUAUGGGGAAUGUUUUUUCUGCUACAACAACAGAUCUCUAGGAUCACGUUAGGUUUUCGUCGACUCCUAAAAACUCGUCAGAAAGGCUACGUCGCCAUUUCAAACCCAUUCCAUACGUGCAUCAGGUCAAAGUAGAGAUAAACUCCCAAUAAAUAAUUUGUGUUUUACCCAAUCGAAGAAUAAGGAAACGAGUAACUGCCUGCUUUUAUUUACUGUUUGCUUCAAGCUGCACUUUUAUGAGUACUUAGUAUAGUAGGCCGCAGUAGCCGAAUGGGUUGGUGCGUGACUACCAUUCGGAAUUCACAGAGAGAACGGAGGUUCGAAUCUCGGUGAAACACCAAAAUUAAGAAAAAGUUGUUUCUAAUAGCGGCCGCCCCUCGGCAGGCAAUAGCAAGCAUCCGAGUGUAGUUCUGCCAUGAAAAAGCUCCUCAUAAAAAUAUCUGCCGUUCGGAGUCGGCUUGAAAUUGUAGGUCCCUCUAUUUGUGUAAAAACAUCAAGACGCACACCGCAAAUAGGAGGAGGAGCUCGAUCAAACACCCAAAAAGGGUGUGCGCGCCAAUUAUAUGUAUAUAUAGGUAUAGUAGAGAUUUUAGAGUAACUAUUAAAAUAACUCUUGGAGCGCAACCCACUUUACCUGUGGGUUCCUACGAACCUGCCGAUUUUAAUGUGUCUUCACUUCCAAAUUUCCACUUGCCGUAAAGUCACUUGAUAAUAAGGAGCCUUUUAUUGCUUUGGAAAAACUAUAAUUGAUGCACUUUUUUCAAUAAAGAGUAGAAUCAUAGCUUUGUGGACCUCUAUAUGUGGACCUAGCCAAUAUAAAGAAUGUGGAGCAAUGGUCCCUUGAGGAACUACCAGAGAUAAGAAACAGGGAGGGAAUAGAAAGAAAGAAAUAUAAAAAUAUUCCGCAGAUGUCAAUUAUCUACACCAUGUUUUUUGGGAAAGCGAAAUAGUUGGAAAACAUGUUGAGAUGAUUCAUCCUUGCCAAUUUCCAACCACUAAUCGUAAUUGUGAAUUGAGAGGGUGGUAAUACCCAACGCAUGGAAUAACCACCUUUUCACAUGUCCCACUAAGCCCCUCUCACUCUGGACCCAACCUGUCGAAACAGCAAGUUUCUUGGACCUACCUUUAGAUGAGUUAGACGCCCAGUGAUAUACACUACACUGACAGGGCUUAGUAUUGCUGCUACAACAACCCAACGCAUGAAUAGAUUAUAAAGCUCGGUCAUAAACUUACACCCGGUCAAGGGCUACCAUUACAGCAGAAUUUCUCUAAAAUUUAGGGGACAGAUUUUAUACUGUUACAACAAUAAGAAAACUAUCACAACUUCACCUUGAGUUAGCUAGAAUUUUCAGCCACUUGUCGAGUGAUACUUAGGUAUUUUAUUUUCAAUGAUUUUUCUUUUAGCGUACAGCGGGGCUAUCUACAAGCUUUUUAAAUCGUAUAGUAGGGGUGUUCCCUUGAACUUGAAUAAGUUUUGAAAACUCUGAAAAUCUCGAAACAUUUCUAGAAUCGAAAAAACUGUCCAGACUUCUAUACAAGAUACAUUUGGUGAGAACAAACUCGAAAAUUCUCUCGUAAGUUUCAGUGGUGCCCUUAUAAUCCAAGAGCUACAGAAAAAGUUGAACUUAAAAUGAAUAAUAAGCAGUACACACUAGAAAAUGAUAAUGGAAUCACUAAUUUUGGGAUUUAAGCUGGCAACAAAAAAUAAAUUUUUAUAAUUUUAUUUUCUUACUUUUUUGUGGCACUAAUUCGAGUACAAAGUUUACAGUCAGCUGAACUGUCACAUUGCUAAUUUUCGUAAGAUGGUAUGAAAGAUUUUAUUGUAUCUUAACAUUUUCCUUUAUUAGAAAUCUAAAUUGAAUUUUGUUUUUAAAAUGAAUCUCAUUUCUAUAUAAAUUUUUAUUAUAGGUGUAGAUCAAAUGUGAAAACAGUGUCUAUGAAUUUCCUGUUAGAUUAACCGUAAUUUAAAUGAUAUUAAGUAAAUUUAUUUAAUUUUUAUAUGCUGUGACGUUGUACUUCCAAAUUUUAGUACUAAGCAAAAAAAUUAUGCAUGUGUUCUAGAUAAAAAAUAAAAGGCAAAUAACUUAACUAAAUGUAGCUGUAUUGUAACUGUUAAU